AUGCAGUACAAGUGUGGUGUAGACAAUUAUCCUCGUGGAAAGUAUUAUACUCUCCUGUCAGAUUUAUUUGCUGCGUUUUGGCAGAUGGGAUUCAAAUUCAUUCCUCUGUCAUUCCCUAUUGAGCAGACUUCGCUGGAGCAACUCUCUGAAGCUUCUCAGCAGUACAUAACCAGAUUGGCACAUUCGCUGUUGAGCAGACUUGAUGGAGUGAGGAUAAGGAUAGUUUGGGGUGAGGUGGUUGUUGUUGUUGUUGGUGGUGGUGGUGGUGAUGAUGGUGGUGGUGGUGGCAGCAGCAGCAACAGUUGUGGCAGUGGUGGUGAUUGCAGUUGUGAAGGAGGAGAUGGUGGAGGUGUACAGGUGGGAGUCCAGAUGGGGCAGGAUGGGGACGGGUUGGGAAUGGGUUGGGGUGGGGGUGGGGGUGGGGAUGGGGAUAGGGCUGGGUGUGGGUAUGGGUAUGGUCAUGGAUGUGGAUGUGGUGGUGGGAUAUGGAAACCCAUGUCUCAUCAGUGA